AUGGAUCAUGCAACAUAUGCCGCGUACUAUGGCUUCGACCAUUCCUAUGCUGGAGACCCUAGCGGACGGGUCAGCGAAGCCGGUGAUCUACUUGAUCCUUUGUUGGAAAGAUCUUUCUUCGCUGCUUCGGAUGGGCCUGGUGAAAAUCAUUAUGUUCCCUCGCCAUCGAGUCAACUCUUCAACCCAACUGGACAUAGUCAGCGCUCUGGGCCUUCUAUGGCUCGUGCACAACCCCUCAUCUCCCUGGAAGAAGAGAAAGUCGGAUACCCCGGUUUUGGAUAUACAACAGGCGGCGAGCCGCUGUCGGAUUUGUGCGAGGCCACCGUCGAAAACAACUAUGGCGUUAGUAAUUGUACCACGCCCAAUGCUACUGCUACUGCUUUCAGCAGCGAGAGGCAUACCAAGAUCGAGGCCAAGAGAUAUGUUUGUGAUUUCCGAGGUUGUGAGCUACGCUAUACCAGCCGGAAACAUCUAAAGCGCCAUCAAAAGUCACAACAUAGCAAAAAUUCUGAAACCUUCAUUUGCAAACUAUGCCAAGGUGGGAAAGUUUACCAAGGAAAACGUAGAGACAAUUUCGCCAGCCAUGUCGAAAGACACACGAGAAACGAUGAUCCAAACACAAAGGUGAAUUAUCACCCAAAUGCAGAGAACUACUUGCAGUCCAUCAAGAACAGCCAAUCUAUCGAGACGUUCAAGGGUGAUGACUUGUCGUAA